AUGGAAAUAAAGGUGCUGGCUGGGGUAUUAGUUUUGACAGUGCUAGUUAUAUGUAGGAUGUUCUCCUAUGUGAGGCCAUCUAUAAUUAUGCAAACUCUUGAAAUUGUGGCUUAUGCUAUUUGUGCGUUUAUUUUGUUGUAUUCAAAAUUUACUAGAGUAAAGGUGAUUAAAAUCAAGCCCAAGUCUGAAAAAAUUUUUAUGAAUCAUGAAAUUUGUGAAGAAAAUGAGCCUAGAAGAGUAGUGAAAUCUAGUUCGCCAAGAAAAAUUGAAAAACAAGAAAUAACACAACAUUCUAAGCAGGAAGAGUUAAAGAACUUUAAAGUUUUUCCUGAAUAUGAUCCAAUUCGUGUUCCAUCUCUUAUAAAUGGCUUUAGCUCUGAAAUGGGGCAUAAAGACAUAUACAUUAGAAGAGCCCCGAAAAGCAUUCCCAGGCAUGUCAUAAGUAUAUGGUGCUUCAAAUACUCAUGGUGAGCCAAAUUCUGAUCAGACCUGAUUAUGAGCACAGGCUGCUAGUCAAACUGAAAUUUGAUUCACUAUGGGUUUUUGGAGCAGCAAAUACCUAUAAGUGUUUCAGCACUCUCUUAAGGCAUGUCAAAAUAUUCAGAAAAAUAUAGAGAAUUAAAAAGCGAGCUUACUAAUCAAUUUGAGUCAAUUGAUUAUGUGACCAAAGCUGAGUAUAAUGGAUUAGCUGAAUAUUUAAAGAAUUCAAUGAGAUAUGACAGCAGUAUAGAAGAGCGAUUGCCUGUGCAAAAUAAUAUUGUGGAGUCUUAUAAUUCAAUUAUUGAAGGAAUCACUCAAGAAUUAAAUAAAAGAAUUGCAGAGGAGGAAGAAUUUAAGCUUGCUGAAAAAUUGCAAAUUGAGGAAGCUGAAAAAUUGAAAGCAGAGGAAGAAAAUAGAAUAAUGGCUCAAAAACAACAAAUCUAUGGAGAGAAAAUGAAAAUUGAGGAAGAAAAACAAAAAAUUGCUAAAGAAAGACAAAUUCAUGAAGAAAAAAUGCAAAAAGAUCAGCAAGAAAAAGCUCCAGCUAAAAUUUUAUCUGUAUCUGAGCCUUUAGAUAAUCCCAAGCCAGCUGCUCAAGUACCUCCAGUCCAAAUAAAGCCUGAAGAAAAGCCCGAAAAUGCUAAACAGGCAAGCAUUCCUUUAAUUCCACCAAAACAAAGCCAGCCAGAACCCAUUAAACCAGUCUCAAAUAAUUCUCAAAUUCCUGCAAAAUCUUUGUCAAUUUAUUCCCAAGAGAGAGAAGUUCCUUUUAUAUUUUAAUUUUAAUAGAUUUACUCUAGCAUGUUUUGAUGCCUGAAAAUCCCUUCACUUGAGGUUCAGCUAAAUUAACAGCUCUGAACAACGGUAGGUGAACCGGCAUAACUGUCGAACCGUGAAAGUUAAUAAGCCGUUAAGACUUCUCUAGUCAGUGCCAACCUCAGCACCGACCCUUUUCUUCAAGCUGAGACUCUUAAGAAGCUUGAUUUCUCUCACUAAGCUCGGUUUAUAGGUCUACCCUGUUUGUGGCAGGAGCUAGGACCUAUCGCUAACUGAGAUUUUUAAUAUUGUGCUCCUUUUAUAACUCCAGAAUCUCCAACCUACAGAGACCGCAUGGAAAAAUUAAUCGCUGGAUAUGAUUCAUCAAGACUUAAAGCAGAAAAGAAUUGUCCUUCAAAUAUAAGAGACGAUAUAAACGCAACAGUAAACCAAAUAACCUCAAGCCGGACAGAUAUUGAGCAUUUAAAUCGUAGAAUAGAAAUUGCUAUCAACGUGCUUAAAGAAUUAAAUUCAGAACAAAGAGAAGACGCGCUGUACUUAUUAUGUGAAAGGGUAACUUCAGCUGUACAAGAUAAAUGUGAUAGCAUAGUUUAUGGACCAGAAUAUACGCUGAAUUUCAUAGACUUUAUCUUGACUAUUGGGAAAACUUAUCAUGAAAUCAGAAAAAAUUUCUUUUUAUCUAUAAUAAAUAGAAGGAAAAUUUUGGUGCCAAUAUAUGGAACUGCUGAUCCUGAAAGGAUAAUGAAGAGAGUCCUGCUUAUCCCCUCCACUAGUAUAAAAUUUAGCCCAUUAGUCUAAGGUUUUUUUCGAAAUUAAAAUUUCAAUUAUAGUCAAAAUUCGUACAUUAAUUUAGAGCUGAUCAAUUAUUAUAAAAACAAAUGCGUAUAUCUGAUCAAUAAUAAUAAAUCUAAAUGUAUAUAUUUGAAAUAAUUUGCUCGCAAUGAGUGUAAAAUUAUUAAAAAUUAAUUUACUUGGGGAGUUAAUGAUUUGAAUGAAGGUUUUAAUAAUGAUAUGUGCGUUGCCGAAAUGAAUUUAUCUAGGUCAUAUGGGAUCUUGCUUGCUUCUUUUUACACACAUAAAGAAUCCCCUUGCAAUGUUGGUGAUUGCUGAAGGUGGCUUUCAUUUUUCUUAAAUAUCCCUGAAGAAUAUAUCGAUAGGAAUUACAUUCCUACACUUGAAGGAUUCUUAAAAGUAAGUGGCCCAUUCAUGAAGCAAUACUAUUCAUCGCAAUUUUCAAAAAUAGCUUCACUUCUAAGCGAUGCCUAUCUUCCUAUGGUUAAGCAAAGAUUUUCGGUGAGAUACCAACAUAAAACUUUUAUAGCACAGUUACAAAAAGUUAUAAAUGAGCUUUUAAAUAAUUAA